AUGGCGGCCGCAGCAGCAGCAACAGCAAGAGCAGCAGCACAGAAGGUGAUCAGGGACGCGCCCUCGCGAGCACCGGGGUCCGUGAGGCGCCUCUUCGCCCUCGACGAGGCCCCGCCGCUGGACCACCUCGCCUCCAUCUGCUCGCAGCGCGCGACGCGCGAGCAGUACCCCCUCGCGGCGGCGGUCGAGAGCAACGUGCCCGUCUACACCCUGCCGGCGGCCUUGUCCGCCCUGCCGGCCGCGCGGCGCGGCGCCCUGCAGGACGAGUGGUACCGCGUCCUGCACAGCGGGCCGGGCGUGUUCGUGACCAAGGGCCUGUUCCGCGACAGGGCGCUCCUGGAGCGGGCGAACAAGGCGUUCUACUCCAUCAUCGAGCGCGAGCGCGCCGAGGGGGUCUCGCAGGGCGACCACUUCGCCGCGGCGGGGCGCAACGACCGCAUCUGGAACUCGUUCAGCAAGCACGCGCUCGCCGACCCGGCCUCGUUCGCCGAGUACUACGGCAACCCGUUCCUGGGGCUCAUCUCGUCCGCCUGGCUGGGCGGCGGCUACCGCGUCACGGCGCAGGUGAACAACGUGCGGCCGGGGUCCAAGGCCCAGGUCUGCCACCGCGACUACCACCUGGGCUUCCAGACCGCCGAGGGCGCGGCGCAGGUCCCGAGGGCGAUGCACGUCGCCAGCCAGUUCCUCACGCUGCAGGGCGCCGUCGCCCACGUAGACGUCCCGCCCGAGAGCGGGCCGACGCGCCUGCUCCCCUUCUCGCAGACCUUCGACCAGGGCUACAUGGCCUACCGCCGCCAGGAGUUCGUCGACUACUUUGAAGAGCACUACGUCGCCCUGCCCAUGGAGUGCGGGGACGGCAUCUUCUUCAACCCGGCGCUGUUCCACGCCGCGGGGGAGAACAUCAGCGCCGACGUCAACCGCAUGGCCAACCUGCUGCAGAUCAGCAGCCCCUUCGGCAAGCCGAUGGAGUCGGUCGACGCGCUGCCGCUGCUGGACGCCUGCUGGGACGAGGUCGUCGCGAGGCACGCGAGGGAGGGCCGGAGCGACGAGGUGGACGCCCUGCUGUGCGCCAUCUGCGAGGGCUACGCCUUCCCCACGAACCUCGACAACAACCCUCCCCGGCCGGGCGGCCUGGCGCCCGUGUCCGAGCUCGACGUCGCCGUCAGGGGCUUGGAGGAGGGGUGGGGGCAGGGAGAGGCUCCUGCAAGAGUUCAAGGCCCAUCAGGACAAAUCACGACCAUGAUGCAUUGCUAUGAAAGGCGGCAGAUAUGUGCAUAA